AUGUUUAUUAUAAUAUAUAUAUUACUUUCGGAAGUUAUUAAUUAUAUAUUUUCUAUAUUAAUAAAGAAUUUUUUAGAAUGGUUAACUAAACCAAAUUUACUAGAUAUUAAGAUUUUAAAAUUAGAGAAAGAAAUAUGUGAACUUAAUUACCCUUCUACAUUUACUUUAUAUGUACAGAAAACAAGAGAAUUAAAUAUGUUAAAAAGGCAGAGAGAAAUAUAUUUGGAAAAAAAUAAGUUUAAUAAUAUAAAGCAGAAUUUUAUAUCUAUAUCCAAAUAUAUAUUUAAUAUAUGGUUAAUAUUACCUAAUUAUAUAAAUUUAUUAAUUAUAUUUUUAAUAAUUUCAAAUUUGUAUUUAACAGAUAUAUAUUAUAUAUAUAUAGAUCAAAGAAUUUACUAUCCAUUAUAUCAAGAUAAAUAUGGAAAGAUACAAUUUAAUCGUAUUAUAAGCUUUAGUAUAAUAUUACCUAUAUACAAUUUCAUUAGAAGUAUAUUUAAAAGAUUCUAUUCAUAUAUUUUUAUUAAUUAUAUAGAUAAGAAAAAACAAGAACAAUACUAUAAAUAG